CGCGGGGCGGCCUCCGCCGUGCACGGGCGGCGCCCGGCCCCGCCCGCCGCCGUCCCAGGCGAGCGAAGGAGGCGGCCUCGACGCCGCGGGCACGCCACCCUCGCCUAGCUGUUUAACAGAAGUGGAUUGGGAAUGUAAGCCUUUGAUAACCUCAGCCUAUCAGCAUUAUAAUCUUUGGGAUAGAUAGCAGCUCCCAAAGCCUCUUCAGGGAAUGCACCAUGACAUCAGCAGUGAUUGACACUGGAGGCCCUGGCCUGGAGUUCGACAGCAAUGGAAUGAAAAAUCACGAGGAAAAUGAGCCAGUCUCUGAAUUCCCAGCUGUGAUUGUGGAGCCAGUUCCUAGUGCCAGACUAGAACAGGGUUAUGCUGCUCAGGUCCUGGUUUAUGAUGACGAGACUUAUCUGAUGCAAGAUGUAGCAGAGGAACAAGAAAUUGAGACUGAAACUGUGGAAACAGUGGAAGCAUCAGUUCAUGGAAGCAAUGUACACUGCACAGAUAAGACAAUUGAAGCUGCGGAGGCCUUGCUUCAUAUGGAGUCUCCUACCUGCCUGAGAAAUGCCAGGAGUCCUGUGGAAGUUCUGGUCCCUCCUUGUGUGUCAACCCCAGAAUUCAUCCAUGCAGCCAUGAGGCCUGAUGUGAUCGCGGAAACUGUGGUAGAGGUGCCAGCAGAUGAAUCUGAACCAAUGGAUUCAUCUCCUGUUCUAACAUCCCCUGAUAUCCACGAACGAAUGAAGAAGAAAAAAGCUGGCCGUAAACCCAAGAGCCAACAAUCGACUAUUUCAGAUGGAUCUCCAGACCUAGGGAUAAGGAAGAAACCUAGAGAAGGCAAAGGAAAUACAACGUACUUAUGGGAGUUUCUUCUGGACCUUCUCCAGGACAAAAAUACUUGUCCUCGUUAUAUUAAGUGGACUCAGCGAGAGAAGGGAAUCUUUAAGCUUGUGGACUCGAAAGCUGUCUCCAAACUAUGGGGAAAACACAAAAACAAACCUGACAUGAACUAUGAGACCAUGGGAAGAGCUCUGAGAUACUACUAUCAAAGAGGAAUCCUUGCCAAAGUUGAGGGACAGAGGCUUGUUUAUCAGUUUAAGGAGAUGCCAAAAAAUAUAGUCGUCAUCGAUGAUGACAAAAGCGAACCCUGCAGUGAAGAUUUGUCAAUGCCUACGGAUGAAAAGUCAUUGGAGAGAGUGUCUUUAUCUGCAGAAAACCUCUUGAAAGCAGCAACCUCUGCACGUGGAGGGAAAAACUUGUCUCAAUUAAGCUGUACCAGAACAGAAAAAGCAGUCACCAGAGUGGUGAAUAUUGGCUCAGCAGCACACGAUAUAUCAUCAUCUCGCCCCUCAACAACCACUACUACUGUCCCAGUGUCGUCAACUCCCAGGACUGUACGUGUGGCAAUGCAAGUGCCUGUUGUAAUGACCUCCCUGGGACAGAAAAUUUCUACUGUGGCAGUACAGUCAGUAAAUGCUGCAGGGUCGCCGUUAAUUACCAACACAAGUCCAACAACGGCAACGACUCCAAAGGUAGUAAUCCAGACAAUCCCUACUGUGAUGCCAACCGCUGCCGAGAAUGGAGACAAAAUCACCAUGCAGCCUGCCAAAAUCAUUACAAUCCCCGCCACGCAGCUGACACAGUGUCAGGUACAAACAAAACCAGGCCUGACUGGGUCGGGGAGCAUCAACAUCGUUGGAACCCCAUUAGCUGUUCGAGCACUAACCCCGGUGUCUAUAGCUCAUGGGACACCAGUGAUGAGACUAUCGGUGCCUGCACAGCAGGCGUCCGGCCAGACUGCCCCCAGGGUUAUUAGUGCAGUAAUAAAAAGCCCAGAAGUUAAAUCAGACACAGCGGCUGCGACACAAGAACGUGAAAUGAAAACGCUGCAGCUCUUACAGGAAGAGAAGAUGGCAGAUGGGAGCAAGACUGUAACCCACGUAGUAGUAGUUAGUACGCCCUCAGCUAUCGCGCUUCCUGUAACAAUGAAAUCAGAAGGAAUCGUAGCGUGUGAGAAGUGAAGAACAGGUUGCUUCCAGUGUGGACUUAGAGACUGUUACUGUUUUGCUUAAACUGACAUAAUUGGGGAGGGAAAUGGAGGCGAUCACCACGUCAAAAAGGCGAGUUUGGAAGUGUAAAAAAACAUGCGUUAUAUUGGAGACUCAGUGGGGAGAAAAUGAAAUAUUUUCCCGUGUUUCAGUGGGAAUGGAACCACAUUGCUAUGCUGACAGAAACGGCCUCUUCCAGUCAGGAGACAGCUGAACCUAUGGAGAAGGAACGAUAGAGAGACUGAAAAGGGACCAAACAGUUCACUACGCUGUCACAGCACACUAAGACCUGAACACUAAAACUGAUUUGUGUGAGAGGUUUGCCUUGGUUUUGGUUUCUGGGGGAGAGGAAAGUUUCAUUUCUAGAAAUGGCAAAGCUGAUGGAAUUUUAUAUGCAUACCAGCAAUCACUACUGUGUGCCCACAGUACUCAACUGGUGCUAAGUGAAAACCUCUGCUACUAGGUAUUGUAGAAUGUGAAAUAAAGGAGAUUGAAGAGCUUCUAAAAGAAGACGGAGACCUAGAGGGAUUUUUGUAUCAUAGCUUAAGCAGAUUUAAAAUGAAAGCCUUAGACUGAUUUUCAGUUAUCUUUCUCGAAAUAAGCUAACGGCUUGUUUGUUUAAAGCUUUUUUAUUAAAACAAAUUUUUUAAAAAAUCUUGUACCUAGCACAGUAUUGUUAUAGAAUUACAUGUAACAUAUUUUGUAUGGUAGGUAAAGUCUGUCUGAAUUUCUUAAUUGUGGACAAAAUAGCAGCAGGCCUCCGGCCUUUUGCUGUAACAUGCCUGUGUCUCUCACUUAGCCUUGACAUCUGUGCAUACAUUUCAGUUUCAGCUCUACUCUGUCACUUGAAAGGUCACACCCAGCAUGAGCUUUUGUCAGGUAGUUCUAAACCUGUAAAUUUUGUUUUGUUUUUUUUUUUAGUUGAAGUUAAGAGGGAAGUACCAGUGUUCAGAAUGAACUAUAAUAGUUUGUAUAUUCAACAUUUGAAGUAUAUUCUAUUUUGUUGUACUCUUGUUUCAAAGUGUAUUCAAGUAGGUUUUACUGAAAUAUAGAAAUGAAAUUUGU